CACCUUCUAAGUCUUACCCUACCUUCCCCCAAUCCCCGCCCUUUUUAACUGUCACUCCAAGUAUACCAUUAAAAGUAGAGUAGAUACAUACAGAGAGAGUAUAGAGAGAGAUGAAGAGCACAUCAAAGAUGGUAAUGGGGGUAACGCUGGCCAUGGUGGUGAGCUUAGCCAUAGUGUUAGCAUUGGUGCUGGUGUUGUUAGCAGAACUGUAUUGCUCUCUUCUGCUACGCAGAAGACGGCUUCGAAUCACCACCACCAUCAACGCAACUUCAACUUCAACUCAUCAAUCCUUACAGCAAGAAACCUCAUCGGUUCCUCCACCUCUCAAUAGUAUCUAUGCACAAGGGGUUCUUAAUGCUCCAAGAAGGUUCCUCUUCCCUGCCUUCAUUGGAAAAGAAGUGGCAGAAGAAGAGAAGGGAGAAAAUUUUAAGAAGUUCCCAGUUCUAGAGUCGGGCCUUCACCAAGUUGAAGGAGAAAUCAUCAGUACUCCACAACGCAUUGGACUGUUCACAGCGUCGUCGCCGUCUCUUUCAAUCAAAUCGUUGGCUUCGCCUCGACCGAAACAAGCAGCAGCAGAAGGUAAUGGUGGUGGUGGUGGUGCAGGGGAGCAUUUUGUUUACAUCUCGAACCCCAUUUACGACAACGAUGCUUGCAGGGUGAACAGAGUUGGAGUUGAAACUCCCUUCGAAACGCCUGAAACUUCACCUUCCCGUUUGGAGAUGAGCGGCAAUGAUGAUGAUGAUGGUUCUAGUUCCAAAUCGCUGUCCAUGACUCCUCCCCUGUCUCCAAUGAAGAAGCUCCCUGCUGAGGCGUGUUCUGUUUCUCUUAGGGACGCACGAUCAAUUGGGACUUCAGGUAGUGGUUCAGACACAAAGAACUGCUCAUCGUCAUCUUCAUCCGGUUCCCCUCGCACAUCUCCUUCAUGGUGAUCUGUUAUUGAGCUCUAUUUCACUAUUUUCUGUGAAUAGCCCUGAAAGGGAGAUGGAGAGAAACAGAGGAUGGUCUCUCUAUUGAAAAAAAAAAACGGAGUCUCGGUUUCUGUGGCUUGGGUCAUGCUCGUCAAUCCAAGUCACGCGUAACGAAAAGGUGCAAAGGUCCAAAGGUCCAAAGGUCUCUCUCUCUCUCUCUCUCUCUCACUCACCCUCGUCUCUGUGUCUCACUCUCUUUGUUGCUGCAGUCAGGAGCACCAGGGCAUGAUUCGUUUUUAGUUACUUUGUGAGAAUGUAAGUGGUGGGAGAAUGCUAAGAGCUUUGAGAUCUCUUAUGUGUGAAGAAGCAUGUCAUGUGAGGGUGCCCUCUAUUGAAUCUAAGCUUUCUUUUCUGUAUUAUUUUAAA